GGGGGGGGCUCCUAGGACCGGAAGUGGAGCGUCCGCUGCUUUUAGUGAGUAUCCAGAGCUGAAACCCCAGGAUGAAUGUGUGUUGCUCCCAGAGGUCACUGUGAGACUUAAGAGGAACCUUGUGUGCUGUCUAUUCUGUCACCUGCGGUGGUCCUGUCCCAAGAGAGAGAAAGAAAAUUAGCUCUUUGAAGAGAAGGUGGCUCCUGUUGCUCGCACUGGGGAUGGAUGAGAGUAGUUGGUCCAAGUGAUCAGAACUGAGGCAGUUUUGUGACAGCGCUGUGAUUGGCACCAUGCCACCUCCCAGAACAAGGGAGGGCAGGGAUUACCGAUUCUACCAUCGUGCUCCCAGUGGGGAACAGGCCCAGGAGAAGUGGGACUGGAACUGUCCAAAAGCACGUGGCCUUCUGGAAGACGCCUUCUUCCGUGAUGAAGAUUACAUCCGCCAGGGCUCUGAGGACUGCCAGAAGUUCUGGACCUUCUUUGAGCGUUUGCAGAGAUUCCAGAAUCUCAAGCCCUCCAGGAAGGAGGAGAAAGAGCCUCGACGGUGCAAGCACCGCAUCCCAGCGCUGGCCGACCUGCCUCGCACUUACGACCCGCGCCACCGCAUCAACCUCUCCCUGCUGGGCCCUGACCUCCGGGGCUCGUGGGGACUGCCCCCAGAGAGGGUGUCCGAGUUCCGCUGGGCCCUGUUGCACUACCUGGACUUUGGCCAGAAGCAGGCGUUUGGGCGGCUGGCCAAGCUGCAGCGGGAGCGGGCAAUGCUUCCCAUAGCCCAGUAUGGGAGCCGCAUCCUGCAGACGCUGACCGAGCACCAGGUGGUGGUGGUGGCUGGUGACACAGGCUGUGGCAAGUCCACUCAAGUGCCCCAGUGUUUGCUGGCUGCUGGCCUCAGUCGUGUGGCGUGUACUCAGCCCAGGCGGAUCGCCUGCAUCUCACUGGCCAAGCGCGUUGGUCUCGAGAGCCUCAGUCAGUAUGGCUCACAGGUUGGCUACCAGAUCCGCUUUGAGAGCACCCGUUCAGCCGCCACCAAGAUUGUGUUCCUGACAGUGGGGCUGCUCCUGCGGCAAAUCCAGCGGGAACCCAGCCUGCCCCAGUACCAGGUCCUGAUCGUGGAUGAAGUCCAUGAACGGCACCUCCACAACGACUUCCUCCUGGGUGUCCUUCGGUGCCUGCUGCCCAGGCGGCCUGACCUCAAGGUCAUCCUCAUGUCGGCCACCAUUAACAUCUCACUCUUCUCCAGCUACUUCGACCAUGCCCCUGUGGUGCAGGUGCCUGGGAGGCUCUUCCCUAUCACGGUCGUGUACCAGCCGCAGGAGGCAGAGCCGGCAGCGUCCAAGUCAGAGAAGCUGGACCCUCGGCCUUUCCUGAGGGUUCUGGAGGCCAUUGACAAUAAGUACCCACCGGAGGAGCGGGGUGACCUUCUGGUCUUCCUCAGUGGCAUGGCGGAGAUCAGCACUGUGCUGGAGGCCGCCCAGACCUACGCCAGCCACACCCAGCGCUGGGUGGUGCUGCCGUUGCAUAGUGCCCUCUCUGUGGCUGACCAGGACAAGGUAUUCGAUGUGGCACCCCCAGGAGUCCGGAAGUGUAUCCUCUCUACCAACAUUGCUGAAACCUCAGUCACUAUUGAUGGGAUCCGCUUUGUAGUAGAUUCUGGGAAGGUAAAGGAGAUGAGCUACGAUCCACAGGCCAAACUGCAGAGGCUGCAGGAGUUCUGGAUAAGCCAGGCCAGUGCUGAGCAGCGGAAGGGCCGGGCAGGCCGCACGGGGCCUGGGGUCUGCUACCGCCUCUAUGCUGAAUCCGACUACGAUGCCUUUGCCCCCUACCCUGUCCCGGAAAUCCGGAGGGUGGCUCUGGAUGCACUGGUGCUACAGAUGAAGAGCAUGAGUGUAGGGGACCCUCGAACCUUCCCCUUCAUUGAGCCCCCACCACCAGCCAGCCUGGAAACUGCCAUCCUCUACCUCCGAGACCAGGGGGCCCUGGAUAGCUCAGAGGCCCUCACCCCCAUUGGGGCCCUGCUAGCCCAGCUGCCCGUGGACGUUGUGAUUGGUGAGUCCUCCCCCAGUGAUCACACAGGGCACUGCUCACUUGGAGGAACCAGUGGCAGGCCAGUGUCUUCCCUGGGCCCAGUUCAUUUGUUCAUGAGUACUCAGUGCCCAGUGUUGGGGUACAGCAGCAGACAAAACAGACACACAUCCGUGCCCUUGGAUUGCGGAGAUGCCAAUGGGGAUGAGUCAAGUGCACAGUGGACCAGCAGGCUAAGGGCUACAAAGGAAAGAAAAGAGGUGGUAGGCAGUGUGUGUGUGUUGUAGGUGGGGGCUGGCACUGCAUCCUGCAGGCCUCAAGGCAAG